UUAGGGACAAGUAAUUUCUUUUUAAUAAAAAGAUCUAGAAAAUCAAACAGUGUCACUCAUCGAACUCUUUGAUCAAUCAGAACAUCCUUUCUUUCUCUUUGUGCUUGGUAAAGUCGGAGAAGACGAUGGCUACAUCAUCAUCGCCGCCGCAGUCUGAUACUGAAGUGGUGGCGGAACGGAGGGGAAUACCUGCGGCUUCAUUUGUUAAAGAUGUGCAAGCUUAUUUGGAUCAAUUAGGUCUUGAUGUUAACUCUACUCUCGCCUUCCAACAAGAAAGGCUUCAGCAAUAUAAGAUAGUUGAAAUGAAACUUCUUGCUCAGCAGAGGGAUCUUCAGGCAAAGAUCCCAGAUAUCGAGAAGUGCUUAGAUGUUGUUGCUACUUUACAAGCUAAGAAGGGCACUGAUGAGGCAUUGCUUACAGAUUUCGAGGUAUCGGAAGGCAUUUAUUCCCGGGCACGGAUCGAGAAUGCAGAUUCGGUGUGCUUAUGGUUGGGAGCAAAUGUAAUGCUAGAGUACUCAUGUGAAGAGGCCACUUCUCUGCUGCAAAAGAACUUGGAAAAUGCAAAAGCCAGUUUGGAAGUUCUAGUUGCUGAUCUACAGUUCUUACGAGAUCAAGUUACCAUCACACAGGUUACUAUUGCUCGGGUGUACAAUUGGGAUGUCCACCAACGAAGAGUUAGACAAGCUUCUUCUUCCCAAGAUUGAUGAGAAAAAGCAAAGAGGUGUGCAAACUUGUCUCACUUUUCAGAUUGUGGUCACAUUAGGCUAAUUUCUUUCCAUCAACUUUAUGCAUCUUCAUAGCUAGUUUAAUGAAUUUUGAUCUCAUUUCGGAUUUUGAUUUGUUGCUAUGCAUUUGUUGUGUAACAUUAAUGUUUAUUAUUCUGUGUGAUUGAACAUUUAGGAGUUUGUGACAAUACCCAAUUCGUUCCUAUGAAAGUUGCCCGUUCUAUCUUUUUCUUACAAC